AUGUCGCAUCUUACACCACCUUUUGCCACCAGCAAAGAUGACAAGUUGGGGGAUGAAAAGACUGGCGUAGAAGACCUGCAACCCACACGUAGUAUUGUUGUGGGUCAGGUUGAAGACGAUCGAAACGGCGAGUUCCACAGAUCCAUUUCUCCACGUCAAAUUCAUAUUAUCUCUCUUGGCUCCAACAUUGGAAGCGGCGUCUUUAUCGCAACUGGCAAGGCUUUAGCUACUGGAGGCCCCGGCAAUAUGGUUGUUGCAUAUUUUUUGGUCUGCAGUUGUGUUUGGGCUGUCCUUCAAUCACUUUCCGAAAUGACAAUUGCUUUUCCGGUAUCCGGUAACUAUAUAGACUACGCUGACCGCUGGGUCGAUCCAGCAUUGGCGUUUGGUGCUGGGUUCGCUGAAUGGCUUGGAUGGGCUGCGAUAGUAGCAGCUGAAGCGGGAUUCUUCCACGUUCUCCUUCGCUUCUGGGCUCCAGAAUCGUUUCCACAAGCGGCAACUAUUUCUCUAUUUUUAUUCGCGUGCUUCGUCAUCUUCCUUCUUCCCAACAAAGCCUUCGCCUGGUUCGAAUAUGUCACGUCCAUCAUCAAAAUCUUUCUCUUCCUGAUCAUUAUCAUACUCUCACUUGCGUUGGUACUUGGAGCCGGGCCAAACGGUUAUCUGCACCGAGGAGAAACCUGGACAAGCCUCCCGCCAUUCCUCAACGGAUUUACUGGAUUCGCGAAUUGUGCCCUAUUAGCAACAUGGGCCGUUGGCGACCAAGUUUUCGUCGGCAUCAUGGGCGGCGAGGCCGAUAGUCCUCGCUUCUCAAUGGCCCAUGCAACAAAGCUCGUCCCUUUCCGAGUCAACUUCAUUUACAUGCUUAGUGUCAUAUUCAUCACAAUUUUGGUACCCUCGGAUGAUGAAAGGCUGCUUGGUGGCAGUAGCGUUUCUGCAUCUCCCUUUGUUAUCGCUGUAGAGAGCUCUGGAAUUCGUGGCAUAUCCUCGCUCCUGAAUGCUGGGAUGAUGUGUGGAGUUCUAGCAAUCGCCGCCGAAUCAGUAUACUUGUCUUCUAGAGUCCUGCGCUCUAUGUCACAUCAGAAACUCAUCUCAGGUCGCCUGGCCAGAGUAGACGACAAGGGUCGACCGAGGCUGGCGCUGCUCGUGACGUGCAUCGUUGCCGCUGUGCUGUCGUACAUACAGCUAUCGGGAGAUGGUAUCAGGGUCUUGAACUGGUUGGUUUCGAUCACUAGUGCAUCUUUCUUCACCAAUUGGAUCAUCAUUUCCUUCACCAAUUGGCGAUUCAGAUGUGCCAUCAAGGCACAAGGGGACCUUCUAUUCUCCCAGACAUAUGCGUGGGAAUCAUCUGCAUGGCCUUUGGCUCCUGCCUGGUUAAUGAUCGUUUCAUUGAUUCUACUGGCUUCGUGUCUAGCCUGCGGCAUCAACCCUAUCGGUGGCGGGGGGUUCACGGCAGAGAACUUUUUCCAAUACACCAUCGGACUCAUUCUCAUCCUCGGUGCAACGCUUGGAUAUAAGAUCAUUUACAGAACACCCUGGCGUGAUCCGAAUACAGCAGACUGCAUCACUGGUCGGCGAGAGCUAUCAACUGAGGAGAUAAAGCAACUAGACGAAUAUUACAAGCAGCCGAAGAUCAGAAGAUUCUUCAGCUACGUACAGUUGUGGUAA